AUUUAAAAUAUAUUUAAAUCUUUUUUAUUAUGGGAAAGAAUUAUAGAAAUAGAUCAAAGACAUCAGCCACCCCAAGAAAACCCUUUGAAAAGGAACGUCUUGACAACGAAUUACAAAUUAUUGGUAAGUAUGGACUCAAGAACAAGAGAGAGGUUUGGAGAGUUCAACUCACUUUAGCAAGAAUCAGAAAGGCAGCAAGAGAAUUAUUGACACUUGAUCCAAAGGACCCAAGAAGAUUAUUUGAAGGAGAAGCUUUAAUUAGAAGAAUGGUUCGUUUUGGUUUGUUAUCAGAACAAGAAAGAAAGUUGGAUUAUGUCUUGGGUCUAACAACAUAAAAAAUGAUGGAAAGAAGACUCCAAACUUUCGUAUUUAAAAGCAAUUAAGCAUCCUCCAUUCAUCAUGCCAGAACUUUGAUUAGAUAGCGACAUUUCAGAGUUGGAAAGAGAUUAGUCAACUCUCCAUCAUUUUUAGUCAGAGUCGAAUCUGAAAAGUUGGUUGAUUUUGCUGUCACUUCACCAUUUGGAUAAGGCAGAGAAGGCAGAAGAAAGAGAAAGAAUGCCAAGAGAGUAAAACCAAACAAAGAGGAAUGAAAACAAUUUAUUUUAAGCAUAAGUACAAUAUUAUCUAUUUAUAUAUCUUUAUUUU